UAUUCGCGGAAUUGCAUUAGUCUUUUUUUAAAUAAUAAUCGUCUUCUAACGUUUCCAACUUUGUUUGAAGACCUAAUUUUGCAUUCUAUACUUAAGUUUUCAAAAUAUUCAAAUAUGUCGACAUUCAUUAAACGAAACGUGAAAAAUAAAUUUGCACGUAAGCGCAAGCAGUCUUCCGAAUCUGACGAAGCAGAACAAGAAUCGGCAGUGGUCGUCAAUCAGGAGAAAAAGAAAAAAGUAAAUCCAAAUGUGCAAAGCACAUCCGCUCUGAAGCACAACCGCAAGGUCACCGAUCAUGCAUCGACUGAAAGGGACUCCAGCGGUAGCGACGAGGAUAGUGCUGUUGGAGUCAGUUAUAAAUCAAAGCGUAUUGCUGCACCAGCUGGUCCCCAGGAUCAGGGGGCUACAGCAGAACUAGAAAUUGAAACCGACAAGACUCACGAUGCACAAGCAAUUUAUGAGAAAAGUAUCGAAAUUAACAAAGAACUCGAAGGUAAAGAAGAUGACAAGGUGUAUCGUGGCCUGAAUAACUACACACAGUUCUUCAAAAAGAAGGACAGUGCUCUGGGAAACGCUGCAUCUGGAAUGGUGCGUAAGGGUCCUAUUCGAGCUCCUUCGAACAUAAGAUCUACUGUAAGAUGGGAUUAUCAACCGGAUAUUUGCAAGGAUUACAAAGAAACGGGAUACUGUGGUUUCGGAGACAGUUGUAAAUUUUUGCACGAUCGAAGCGACUACAAGCACGGUUGGCAACUGGAGCAAGAGGCAUCCACAACAGGGGGUGCAUAUGCAGCGGAUGAUUCCGAUGGUGAUGACACGAAGUAUGAGAUCCACUCCGAUGAUGAUGAACUGCCUUUCAAAUGCUAUAUUUGCAGAGAGAGUUUUGUGGAUCCAGUAAUAACAAAGUGCAAGCAUUACUUCUGUGAAAAAUGUGCUCUGACAAACUAUAAAAAAUCUGCGCGUUGUGCAAUUUGCGGUGUCCAAACGAAUGGCAUGUUCAAUCCGGCAAAGGAGUUAAUAGCGCGAUUGAAGACCCGAGAAAUGAACGAGGGGGAUUCCGAAAGUGACUAAAA